AAGCCGCCUGUCUCUCACGUACCCAUUUAAUGCUCCAUAAACAUAGCAAAAAAUAACUCCCAAAAUAUUAAAUAAUUGCCUCAACAUUCUAGCUCCAUUUUCUCUCUAUUGAGAGUGGAGACGCGAAGCUCUGAGACAGGCUUUCCCUUUGUUUCCGCCUGUAAAGAUUCACUCUCGUUUCCUCACUCUACACUCAACCAUGAUCCUCCGCUUCCCCUCACCGCCGUCGGUAAUCUUACCUCUCCUCCUCCUUCUUCUCCACUUCCACCACCCCACCACCCAACAACCGCCGCCGAAGAGCCCACAUGCUCCACCAUCGUGCCGAUGAAGUCUCGACCCGAAACCAUAUCCAUCGCCGACUUCGGCGGCGUCGGCGACGGCCGCAAACUCAACACCAACGCCUUCAAAGAAGCAAUCUUUCGCAUCCAGCACCUCCAUCACGCCGGCGGCACAACCCUCUUCAUCCCUCCGGGGGUUUGGCUCACUGGCCCCUUCAAUCUCACUAGCCACAUGACUCUGUUCCUCUCCCAGGGCGCAGUUAUUAAAGCUUCUCAGGAUGUGGAGAGAUGGCCGCUGAUUGAUCCGCUGCCGUCGUAUGGGAGAGGGAGGGAGCUGGAUGGGGGGAGGUAUAUGAGCUUGAUUCAUGGGGAUGGGAUUCAAGAUGUGAUUAUUACUGGAGAUAAUGGAACAAUUGAUGGCCAAGGUGACAUGUGGUGGAAUAUGUGGAGGCAAAGAACUCUCCCUUUCACCAGACCAAACAUUUUGGAGCUGAUGCAUUCUACAGAUAUCAUCAUCUCGAACGUGGUUUUUAGAAAUUCACCUUUUUGGAACAUCCACCCUGUUUAUUGCAGCUAUCUGGUAGUAAGAAAUGUGACUAUACUUGCUCCACAUGACUCUCCAAAUACUGAUGGAAUUGAUCCAGAUUCUAGCUCCAACGUCUGCAUUGAAGAUUCCUACAUUGCAACUGGAGAUGACCUAGUCGCCAUUAAGAGUGGAUGGGAUGAGUAUGGAAUUGCAUAUGGCCGUCCAAGCUCAGGCAUCACUAUUAGAAGGGUGACAGGAUCCUCCCCUUUUGCUGGAAUCGCAGUCGGAAGUGAAACCUCAGGUGGGGUGGAAAAUGUCUGGAUUGAAAAUAUAACUAUCUUCAACUCCGGAUUUGGUAUUCAUAUAAAAACCAACGUGGGAAGAGGAGGGUACAUAAGAAACAUAACAAUCACUGAUGUGAAAAUGACCGAGGUUCGAUAUGGGUUGAGGAUUGCUGGCGAUGUCGGGGACCACCCUGAUGAUAAGUUCAAUCCGAAUGCUUUGCCCGCUGUCAGUGGGUUGAUGAUCAAGAAUGUUUGGGGUGAGGAAGUGCAGCAGCCUGGGUUGAUAAAGGGUAUUAAGAACUCACCCUUCACUGGUAUCUGUCUGUAUAAUGUUAAGCUUUUGAAUGCUGGAUCGAGGGAAGUACCAUGGAAAUGCACCGAUGUGAGUGGUUCUGCCCUUGUGGUUCAGCCUGGAGCGUGCUCAGAGUUGACUAGCACGACUGGGUCGAGUGCUUGUUCGACAACAAUUUGAUGUUUUCUGUUAUUGGAAUGAUAUUUUUAUUUCACAACCAAUACUUGUUCCUCCCUCUCCCUCUCUCUCUCCCUCGCCUGGAAGGUGAAUUCUUUUGUUGUUUCAAUGGAAUGGAUUAUUUUUUUAAGUCAAAUAGAUAGCUCUCCUUUGAAAGA